UAUAAUCAUGAAGGUCUUCGUAGUACUUGCAUUAGCUUUAGCUUGCGUUUCAGCAGCUUCUAUACCCGAAACUCCUGUUUCUAUUAAGGACGUCAAAAACGCUAAAGUUAUUGAAGGUCGUAUCACUAAUGGAUACGAAGCUUAUCCCGGUCUAUAUCCUUACCAAGUCGGUUUAUCACUAAGAUCCGGAGGUGGAUCGUUUUGGUGCGGUGGUUCUUUAAUUGGCAAAUCAUGGGUGUUGACUGCUGCUCAUUGCACUGAUGGAGUGGACUCUGUUACCGUUUAUUUGGGAAGCACUGUUCGUACUGUUGCCAAAGUGACUCACACUGUUAGCUAUAGCUCCAUUAUUCAACAUUCAGAAUAUAACCAAUACACUUUCGCAAAUGAUCUGUCUUUAAUCAGAAUUCCUGAAGUUACCUAUACCAAUGAAAUUCAACCUAUUAGCUUACCAGCUAUUUCUAACGCAUAUCCCACCUAUGUUGAUGAAUAUGCCACCGCAUCCGGAUGGGGAAAUUACUAUGAUAAUAGUGGAAUUGUAUCGACUUUGAAGUAUGCUUAUCUUCUUGUUAUUGCUAAUGACGUGUGCGCUCAAACUUAUGGCAACCAGGUUAUUACUGACAAUACACUUUGUGUUGCAACUACUGACGGUACUUCCACUUGCCAAGGCGAUUCAGGCGGUCCUUUAGCUUUGGACUCUAAACUCAUUGGUGUAACAUCGUUUGUUUCUUUGGCUGGUUGCCAAUCUGGACUUCCAUCUGGCUUUGUCCGUGUAACCAGCUACUUGGACUGGAUCAAAUUCUACACCGACAUAUCCUACUAAUAAAUUUAUUUAAGAUUUAAAACUGUCUAA